AAUUUUACAUCCCUGGUAUAAACUAUAAAAUUCUGUGUUGUAGGUUUUAUGUCUGUUUUCACAAUUUUGGGAAUAUAGUUUUUGUGUAAAAGUCAAAAAAAACCGUAAAGUUCCACAAAUGGCAGAAGAAACCACAUUGAAAAAUGAUAUAAAUGAAACCAUCAAUAAACUGGACAAGGUUUCCAUCGAAGACAUACAAUCACGACACCGCAAGGAGCGCAAAGAGUUGCAGGCUAAAAUUCAAGCUCUUAAGAAAAAUGCACCCAAAUCGGAUAAGAAAAAACGCAAAGAGGUAUUGGAGGAAAUAGCCAAAUUGGAAAGUGAAUUGGAGAAGAAACAGGAGCAAGAAAUCCAACAGGCGGAAAAUGAAAUAAAAUCUGAACAAGCUUCAACUACACAAGAAGAAACGGCAAAUGGUAAUCAUCACAAUGAAACAAAUAACUUAGAAGAUGAUGAUGAGUCGCAACAACCCCAACAACGUGUAAGUAAAGCUCAAAAACGCAGAGAUAAAAAGGCCCGGGAAGCAAGACAACGUGAGGAAGAAAUUAAAGCAUCGGCAGAUGAUGCCCUCUAUGCACCAAAAGCUGUAGAAGCACGCAAACUACAAAUGAAAUUAAAGGAACGUGAAUUAGCUUUAUAUAAUAUUCCCUCCGAUGGUGACUGCCUCUACAAUGCAAUACGUCAUCAAUUGCUGCAAAAUGGUCUAGCUACACUGACCAUCAAGGAGCUGCGCUCUGAGACUGCCAAUUAUAUACAAGCCAACAAAGAAUCGCUCAUACCCUAUAUGACCCAUCCACAAUCUGGAGAUUUGCUAACAGACGAAGAGUUUCAAAAAUAUUGUGAUGACGUACGCGAUACCCCUGCCUGGGGUGGUCAAAUUGAAUUGAAGGCUUUAUCCUCCAUUCUCAAAGUGCCAAUAGAAGUUUUACAAGCCGAUGGCUCACCCACCGUACAGGGCGCUGAAUUUGGAGGAUCUCCUUUAACCAUUACAUAUCAUCGUCAUAUGUAUAGUUUGGGUGAACAUUACAAUUCAACAAUUCCUUUGGCGGAUGCUCCCAAUGAUGAUGACAAUAAUGAAAAUGGUAGUAAUUGAAUGACGAUUAAUUAGAUGAACGGACAAAUAACGAAUUUAUUGCAUUUAAUUACAAACACACAAAUAUUUUAAAAACCUAAAAGAUACAACUAUACACCAAAUGGAAAUGACAAUUUCUCCAUUUUAUGUCUACAUUAAUUACAUUACAAAUGUAAGCAGUAGCAGAUUGUAAUAUUAAAUUAAAUGAAAAUAAAGAUCGUUGAUAGUUACUGGAUAGUAACUAAAAGAA